GAACAAAACUUAUCUUCGGAUAAUAAUUCACUAGAACCAUCCAAUUUAUCGUAUAAAGAUCAAAAUUUGGAAUCAUUCACAAUAUUGCAACCUAUCUCUAGUCACUCUAUGAUUACCUCCGACAAUAGCUCUGACUUAUCUGAACAACUUCCUAUAAAGCAAAAAAUGAAAAUUCAUGAAAUAAACAUACAGCCUCUGAUACAAGAAUUAAGAAUAGAACCUUUAGAGGAAGACACCGUUAAAAUGGUUAAUGUAGAUAAAAAUUUUACAGAUAACCAAUCACCUGCAAUCAAAUUGUAUUCAUAUAAAAAGUUUUUUGAAAAAAGACAUAGUGAAAUUUUACCUAACAUCUUAAAAAAUAAACCACAUCUUACAAAACAAAAAGCAUAUAAGCUAGCGAGUAGUCAAAUUUAUAAUGAAAUGUUAUGUUAUCUUUUAGGUAUCUUCCGAGUAAAUUUGCGUAAAAAAACACAACUAACUAAACCUAUAUAUAAGCUGUUUAAUGAAAUUGGAGAAGAUAAGAUUUUGCGAAUUAAGACUUAUAGCGCAAAUAAACUUUCAAAAUUAACUGAUACACAAAUCGAUACAAUCAUAUAUGAG